CGUUUGAACCUCGUCUCACUGCGGGACGUUUGAACCUCGUCCUGUCGCUUCAGCUCAACAUGUAAACAGAGAUUAGAAAGUGCACAGAACAGAAAUCAUAGUUUGCAUGGUUUGAUGAGUCGCUAUAAUCCUACUUCUUAUUAUGAAGGAGCGGUUUGUAGGAUUUAAUGGCCUCUAGUGGUGAGGCUGCAGAUUGCACCCAAAUGAAUACCCCUCUCCUCACUUCUCCCUUUACAAGACGGGAAGAACUACGGUGGCCUUCAGGUGACAUAAAAAGACGCAGUAAAGGACAGCACAUAUCAACAGAUAAUUAGUCACCAACACUGAUUCACCAGAUUCUUUUAAUGUGCUGAUGGUUUGAUAUCAAGUCUACAGCAAAGAGAGAAAAGGCCGUGAUUGUAACGUUACACUGGUUAUAGAAAAAGAGCAGUUUAUAAAUCAAUGCAGGACUGCAAAUACACAUUAUUUCAUUAUCUGCUAAUGUGCCGAUUAUUCUCUUGAUUUGUUGUUUGACUUUUUUUCAAUGAAAUGUAAGAAAACAGUGAAAUACGCUCCUGGUGACGUCCUCAAAUAGACUUGUUUGUUCUGAGAGAACAGCUCAAAUCCAAAGAUAUUCCAUUUAUUACAAAAUACGACAAAUACAAGUAGAACAUUUCCACCUUUGAGACGCAGGACCCUGUAAAUGUUUUGUCCUUUUUGUAAGAAAAAAUGUAAAACAAUUGAUGAACUGACUCAUCGUUUUCAGCUUUAAUGUCUUGAAUUCAGGGAAUCCUAAAUAAAUCCUAAUAAAACUAUAAGAACAUGAUCUCUGUGUCACACAUGACGUGAAGCCCUUUUUCCUCGCAGCAACAACGGCGCGAGCGCGAGAUGAGGAGGCAGCAGGAGCGAGAGCAGCGCCGCCGCGAGCAAGAGGAGAAGAGACGCGUGGAGGAGCUGGAGCGACGCCGCAAAGAGGAGGAGGAGCGCAGGAGGACCGAGGAGGAGAAGAGGAGGGCCGACCGAGAACAGGACUACAUCCGCCGUCAGCUGGAGGAGGAGCAGAGGCACCUGGAGAUCCUGCAGCAGCAGCUGCUCCACGAACAGGCCAUGCUGCUGGAGAAUAAAUGGCGGGAGCUUGAGGAGCAGCGCCAAGCCCAGAAGCUCCAGAUACAGCUGCAGCAGGAGCAGGCCUACCUGCUGUCCCUCCAGCAGAACCAGAGCCCGGGUAGUAACAAAGCAGCCCAGCAGCAGAGCACCAAACCCCCUCAGAGCGCUCCACGGGACAUAAAGCCCGAAGAACCACCGCAGAGCUCGGACUCUGAAGGUCAAAAACUCAGUCCGGAGAAAACCACAGAAUCCAAACUACCCAACGCUGACCUCCGAGGCCCCGCCCCCCGAGGCCCCGCCCCUGACUCUGAGCCAAUCAGAGAGGUGAACCCCGCUUUUGCAGCAUCGCCGCGCUGACGUGCUGCAGAAUGUUUCCUCUGCUUGUGUGUACUCACUCUCUAGCUGCUGGUGUGGGACGUGUGGAUCAAUGUCUAAUAACUUAACAGCUCCAUGAUGCAAAUAGAGUCCAGCGAGUUAACUCUAAUUUAGACCCAAAUUAAAAACCAUCACCAAUAUUAAAGACCUUUUAAAACUACUUGUGCAGCAGCAACACACCAGUUAAUAUGUAUGCUCAGUCCGUACAGCUCUAUAUGGAAGCCCAUUUCCAAAGCAAGAAAAAGGUCACAAAAAAAAUAAAAAAUCCA